UAGGGAAUGGUCACAGCAUCUCUCAUAGUUCAGUACUUCCAAAGUCAGCUGAAGGCAGGAGGAAGUGCUAGAGAGCCCCCUUCAGCCUGUCCUGACGUUUAUGAACUUGGCUUGCUAGAAGGCUCAAGAUGAUGGCAGGAAUGAAAAUCCAGCUGGUGUGCAUGAUACUCCUGGCUUUCAGCUCCUGGAGUCUGUGCUCAGAUUCAGAAGAGGAGAUGAAAGCGUUAGAAACAGAUUUAUUGACCAAUAUGCAUACAUCAAAGAUCAGUAAGGCAAGUGUUCCCUCUUGGAAAAUGAGCCUGCUGAAUGUCUGCAGUCUUAUAAAUAACCUGAACAGCCAAGCUGAGGAAACAGGAGAGUUUCAUGAGGAGGAGCUUAUUACAAGAAGGAAAUUUCCUGCUGCCUUAGAUGGCUUUAGCUUGGAAGCAAUGUUGACGAUACACCAGCUCCGAAAAAUCUGUCACAGCAGGGCCUUUCAACAUUGGGAGUUGAUUCAGGAAGACAUUCUUGAUGCUGGAAAUGACAAAAAUGAAAAGGAAGAAGUGAUAAAGAGAAAAAUUCCUUACAUUCUGAAACGGCAGCUCUAUGAAAAUAAACCCAGAAGACCCUACAUACUCAAAAGAGGUUCUUACUACUACUGAGAGGAUAAAUACUUUAUUUACAUGUGAUUGUGAUUUCUUUUAAUGAAAUAUCAAAUUAUAUUUGUGUGGAAAUGUGACAGCACAAUCGUUUUGUCUCUUCUACAGUUGUGGUUUAUUAGAUGUGAUUUUUUUCCCACAUUACUAUAAAUUGGACUAAAUGUUUUAAAAUAAAUCUAGAUCUUGAGCAUGAA